CAGCCGAUGAGCCAGCCAAGCCACAGCACCGACUCAAGAGAGCCACGACUGGCAUGAAAAGGACGAAUGGGGGCAAACUGAUUGAAGGCUGCAGUCACCCUCAAAAUCCAACAGCCGAAGAUCAGGAAUACUUCUCAGAAGCUGUUACCAUAGAGACCAGCCACCUUCCAAGCACGGCCACUGUAACUGACAAUAAAAUGGAUUCUAUGGAAACAGAGACAGCAGAAAAUAAUGGCUUACUUGUGGAAGGUGUCCAGGCAGACAUAACACAACCCAUUAAGACAGAAGAAAGUGUGGAACCGUCAGAGGUUCCACCCGGAGACAAAGAUGAAAUUUCUGUACUUGAGGACAUAGAAAAUGGAGAUCAGGAGAGUGGGAGAGACAUUAGCUGCCACAAGGAGGCUUUGGUCCUCAAGGCAGGACAAGAGGAGUCCAAUCAAACAGAGACCACGACAUCAUCAGUUUCAGACUCACCCUCAAACACAGGAAGCGUGUGCAAAUCACAGGACCCGAUCGAACACAACAAAAGGGACACUCCUUUAACCACGGAUGAAAAGGUCAAUUCUGUUCCCACAGAAGAAAGGCACAGUCUUAUAUACACAGAAAAAAGGGACAGUCCUACAUCCAAAGAAGAAAAGGAUAGUAAUAUACCCAAUGGAAAAAAGGACAGUCCUAUACCCACAGAAAAAAAGGACAGUCCUAUAUCCAAAGAAGAAAAGGAUAGUCCUAUACCCAAGGAAGAAAAGGAUAGUCCUAUACCCACAGAAAAAAAGGACAGUCCUAUACCCAAAGAAGAAAAGGAUAGUCCUAUAACUAACAAAGAAAAAGAUUGUAAUAUAUCCAAUGAAAAAAAGGAGAGUCCUAUACCCAAAGAAGAAAAGGAUAGUCCUAUACCCAAGGAAGAAAAGGAUAGUAAUAUAGCCAAUGAAAAAAAGGACAGUCCUAUAUCCACAGAAAAAAAGGACUGCCCUAUACCCAAAGAAAAGGAUAGUCCUAUACCCAAGGAAGAAAAGGAUAGUCCUAUACCCAUGGAAGAAAAAAAUUGUAAUAUACCCAAUGAAGAAAAGGAGAGUCAUAUAGCUAAAGAAGAAAAGGAGAGUCCUAUAGCUAAAGAAGAAAAGGAGUGUCAUAUAGCUAAAGAAGAAAAGGAGUGUCAUAUAGCUAAAGAAGAAAAAGAUAAACCUCUAGCCAGUGAAGAUAAGGGUAGGCCUAUAGCUAAAGAAGAAAAGGAGAGUCCUAUAGCUAAAGAAGAAAAAGAAAAAGCUCUAUCCACAGAAGAAAACAACAAUCCUAUAUCCAAAGUAGAAAGGGAUACUCCUAUACCUAAAGAAGAAAUGAACUGUUCUGUCCUCAAAGGAGAUGCUGAAGACAAUGUGGUUCUAGAAAUCAGUCAGAAAGCUCUUGAUGGUUGUGAGGGACAUGGUGUUACCCAACAUAAUGCCACUCAGGGGGAGAAAAAAGAGCCUGUUUUACAAAAGUGCCUCAGAGAGGAUAACUUAUCAGACAUCUCCAACGAAUCUUGUCAAAAUCUCGACCAAGAUGACUUGAGUGAUUGUUUGCAGGUUGAAAUAGCCAUUGUGUCAUCAGACAGUGAAUCCGAUGACAAAUGGCGAGCCAUAUUUUCAUCCUCAAUAAAUAAAGAGGAAGAAAAUGACAUAUACUUGGACAAUAGCAAGGACACUAAUGCCCAAGAACAUUUUGUUGAAGAAGUAGCAAGCACAGAGUAUGCUCAUACAGAACCUGAACAGAAAAACGAAGCUCAGGUCCAAGACAGUGCAAGUAUUUCUGAACAGCCUGAGUCAUACUCAGGGUAUGACUUAGAGACACAGGAAGAUCCCUGCCAUUUUUCUACCCAACCUCAUGGCUUAUCAAAAAAUUCUGAGGACAAGGAGGAGGUAGCUCCAAGCUUAGUCAAACAUAGAACAUACACAAUAAACUCUGCGAGAUCCGGCAUGGACAAAAAGAUCCCCAGUGACUACUGUGUAAUCCAGGAAACAAAGAGUGAAAAUGUCAGCACAGAGCAUGUGGAUUUCCGAUUUGCUCGCAAACAGUGGCUGAAGAUGGAGGAGCAGACGAAGCAGCAAGCUCUCCAACCUACUGUCAAACAGGGAUCCUGUCAGGGGGGACACAGCCUCAUGUACACUCCGGUGAGGAACAUCGAGAAGCCUAAGAAAGACAUAGAGCUUGACAGUCUGGCUCUGAGGGAACUCACAUUUACCCAAUUCAGCCCAUGCUCUGAGGAUUCGGGUCUGGAUGAUUCCAGCUACCGCUCCCCUUAUGAUGAGCCUGAGACUCCCAUCGAAAGGGAGAUCCGCCUAGCCAUGGAGCGAGAAGAAAACUUUAGAAGGGAAAGGGGGCUGCCUACCUCACCCUCUGCCAAUAUUAGACCUGCCACCGUCUUCAUGGGGAAGUUCAACAAACCAGAGGAGAGAAGAAAGACCCCAGACCUUCAGGAAGACAGCUGUAGACCACUGAGGUCUCCCAGCAUUAAAACACCACCCUUCUCUGUCAGCACUUCGUCAUCAUUAAAGAGUCCCACAUAUCACGAGAUGACGGCCAACAACGUCAUCAUCCUCGAGCCAGAUCCCUGUGGUCCUGGAGCAAAGCAUUGCUCUCAGGGGCCACAGAUAUCUCCAGGAUUGAAGACAUUCAAUGAGUGGCCCUCAGACACCACCAACGUCAUCAUCCUCGAGACGUCCAACCUGAUAAUACGCAGUGCCUCUGAGUUCUGCCUCAACACGACCUGCCAGGAUGCACAAGAGAGUACGUUCCUGAACAAUCCCUUCUUCAAACUGCGUUCCCGGAGCACCCAGUCCCUGGUAGACCGAGAAAUCAAGAUCGUCAAGCAGAGGGAGGAGGAGCUAAAACAACAAAGGGCUCAUCUUUAUCCAAAAGAGAAAUACAACACUGUUCUGGUGUCACCAAACUUAAUGGAAAGCAUAAACUUUGACAAAUCAGAAUUGCCAGUGAGAUGCAAAUCAUCUCCUUCGUCACCCCUGAGGACCGCUCGCAAGAUGGACCGCUCCAUUGUGUCCUGCGACCACAAGUUCACAGACACCUUUUCUGUGGUACGUCGCAAGAGUGCCAUGGCGAUGCGAUGGGAGGCAGGGGAGUUUGCCAAUCACCAACAAGAGUGAACACAGGCGACCUAUAGCAGCAGAGAUGCAGGAGGCCUACAGUUCUGUUCUUUUCUGAAUCAGUCAUGGUGCUGCGUUUUGUCUUGAUAUAACCUAGCAACAAGCAAUGUGUAUUUGUCAUGGAUACCAAGGUAUUAUGCGAAAGAAACAACAACUAGUGUACAAAUGUCACGACCCCCGGUCGCUAUAUGAAUGACGGCCCUAUAUUUAGAGCACUUGAUGUUCAACAGAAAUUAUUUUACAUCAUUCCGAUUUAUAGUCUAGAUCACAUAUGGAAGAUAUUUAUUAUACUUAAUUUUUACAAAAAAAAAA